AUGUCUCCUCUCUGUGAUCUUCAAAUCAAUCUCAGUCACGAAUUCAUUUUCUUCGUCAAUCAGGAUUUGAUGUCAGAGUACUCAGGGUUCUUGAGGAAGAUGAUAAAACAGAGCAACAAGAAGAAGAAGAAUCACAAGAACAGCAGAAUCAUUCUCCAUAUCCAAGAUUUUCCUGGUGGACCACAUGGGUUCGACUUGGUUUCGAGGUUCUGUUACAGUAAUGGCGGAGGAAUCACGAUCGAUGUCUCAAACGUCUCCAUCUUGCAUUGCGCUUCUAUCUUCCUCGAGAUGACAGAGAAGCUCUGUUCCUCGAAUCUCUUGCUUCAAACAGAGAAAUUUCUUCAAGGAAUGUUCUACUGGUCUUGGAACGACGUCGUUUCUUGCCUCAAGAGCUGCGAACAAGUGUUCCUCCACGCAGACUCGUGCGGUCUUGUUGAUAAGCUCGUCUUCGGGGUCUUAGCCAAAAUCGCUCAGAACUCUGAUAUGAGUCAAGUCUUUGCCUCGUCCUCCACGUCUUCCUCUGCCUCCGCCUCAUCUAUGUCUCCGGAGACGGCAAAGAAUAGGUCUGAUUCAGACAAACGGUCUACUUCGAGAUCGUUUUCUUGCAGGACAAGCAACGAGUGGUGGUUCGACGAUGUGUCAAUUCUCGGGCCAAAGAUCAUCGAAAAGCUUAUCAAGAACAUCGGAGCUUAUGAUAAGAACAAUGACAGUUUAGUCCUAACAAGAUUCCUCCUCCAUUAUCUCAAGACAAAGGUCCAUCACAAAUCAAACAACAAGCUCGAGUAUGCAUGUUUAGCUGAUACAGCGGUUCAAGGAGUGAUUUUGGCGGCGAGAAACGCGUUCUCAUGCAGGAAAAUCUUCUGGGUUCUUAGGGUUUUAUCAGGAUUUAGCAUCAGCAAAGAAUCAAGAACUGGUUUGGAGAGAGUUAUAGGAGAAAUGGUGGAUCAAGCAACACUUGAUGAUCUUCUGAUACCUACAGGAGGGAAAAGAGAAAAAGGGUUUUAUGAUGUGGAUUUGGUGAUAAGAUUGCUCAAAGUGUUUGUGAGAAAUUGCAAUACAGAAGAAGAUUACAACUUGAAAAUGAGAAGAAUAGGGAAGUUGAUUGAUAAGUAUUUGAGAGAGAUAUCUCCGGACCAGAAUCUCAAAGUGUCAAAGUUUCUUCAAGUUGCAGAGAGUUUGCCAGAUUCAGCUAGAGAUUGGUUUGAUGGAUUAUUCAGAGCCAUCGAUAUCUAUCUUGAGUCUCAUCCAAAUCUAUCAACCGAAGAUAGAACAAAGCUAUGUCGAUGUUUAAACUACAAGAAACUAACAUUGGAGACAUGCAAACAACUUGCAAAAAAUCCCAAGAUCCCUCCAAAUAUCGCAGUUCAAGCACUCAAGUCACAACAGUUAUCAAAUGAAACUCCACCAAGCUCAAGAGAAGACAAGUUUAAACAAAACAAGAUCAGGAACUCGCGCAAGUACGUAGAAGAGAAACCAAUACUGCUGUGUUUGAAAGGAUUUGAGAUGUCGGAGAAGUCAUUUGACGGGGCUGAGGAUGAUCUAAGGAAGCAUUGGAGAGUGAGUGAUAAUUCUGAAAAAGUUUGUAAGGAAAAGAAGAGUGAAGUCGUGUCAAGAUUGGUGAGACAUGGACAUACAUACUCAACUUCUACUUUUCCAAGGCUUUGCUAA